GGGAGCCGCUCACCUUUCCGGAGCAGGGGAAGGAGCCCCACGCCCGGGCAGGGACCCCAGCAGGGCGCAGGGCACCGGCGCCCAGCUGCGCGGCACCCCGGCCGUCGCGGGCGGGACCCGGCGCGCUGCGGCCCCCAGGACACGCGCGGCCCCGCUGCCUGGUCCCUGCCGACCAUGAACAAGAUGAAGAACUUUAAGCGCCGUCUCUCCCUAUCCGUGCCUCGCACAGAGACCAUCGAGGAGUCCUUGACUGAGUUCACAGGGCAGUUCAGCCAGCUCCACAACCGGCACAACGAGGACCUGCAGCUCAGUCCUCUUGGCAGAGACCCCCAGCCGGAGUCCAGCACCUUCUCCCCAACAGACAGCGGGGAGGACCCUGGGCAGCCGUCCCCGGGCAUGCAGUACCGGCGGCAGGCGCAGCGCCGCUUCUCCAUGGAGGACAUCAGCAAGAGGCUCUCUCUGCCCAUGGACAUCCGCCUGCCUCAGGAAUUCUUGCAGAAGCUACAGAUGGAGAGUCCCGACCUGCCCAAACCGCUCAGCCGCAUGUCCCGCAGAGCAUCCUUGUCAGACAUCGGCUUUGGGAAACUGGAAACAUACGUGAAACUGGACAAACUGGGGGAGCCUUUUGCAGGUGUUGAGGGGGCCCAGGUCCUGGAGGAGGGCAUGAGGAUGGAGUGGCCCAUGGGCUCUGGGCAUAAUCCCGUCUUUUACUUUUCCCCCCCUGGCACCUAUGCCACCGUCUUCAAGGGGCGCAGCAAGCUGACAGAGAACCUCGUGGCCCUGAAGGAGAUCCGGCUGGAGCAUGAGGAGGGCGCCCCUUGCACGGCCAUCCGAGAGGUGUCUCUUCUGAAGAACCUAAAGCACGCCAAUAUCGUGACCCUGCAUGACCUCAUCCACACGGACCGGUCUCUCACCCUGGUGUUCGAGUACCUGGACAGUGACCUGAAGCAGUAUCUGGACCACUGUGGAAACCUCAUGAGCAUGCACAACGUCAAGAUUUUCAUGUUCCAGUUGCUCCGGGGCCUUGCUUACUGUCACCGCCGCAAGAUCCUGCACCGGGACCUGAAACCGCAGAACCUGCUCAUUAGUGAGAGGGGCGAGCUGAAGCUGGCUGACUUCGGACUGGCCCGGGCCAAGUCAGUGCCCACGAAGACCUACUCCAAUGAGGUGGUGACCCUGUGGUACCGGCCCCCUGAUGUGCUGCUGGGAUCCACAGAGUACUCCACCCCCAUUGACAUGUGGGGCGUGGGCUGUAUCCACUACGAGAUGGCCACGGGGAGGCCCCUCUUCCCCGGCUCCACGGUCAAGGAGGAACUGCACCUCAUCUUCCGACUCCUCGGGACCCCUACAGAAGAGACGUGGCCUGGUGUGCUGGCCCUGUCGGAGUUCAGAGCCUACAACUUCCCCCGGUAUCUCCCCCAGCCGCUCAUCAGCCACGCUCCCAGGUUGGACACUGAAGGCAUCCACCUCCUGACCAGCCUCCUCCUGUAUGAAUCCAAGAGUCGCAUGACAGCAGAGGUCGCCCUGAGCCACCCCUACUUCCGGUCUCUGGGGGAGCGUGUGCACCAGCUCGAAGAUACUGCCUCCAUCUUCUCCCUGAAGGAGAUCCAGCUCCAGAAGGACCCGGGCUACCGGGGCCUGGCCUUUCAGCAGCCAGGGAGAGGGAAGAGCCGGCGACAGAGCAUCUUCUGAGCCGUGUCCACCUGCUGCGGUUUGAGAGACGAGAGGUCACAGUGAGCACAACCACGGGCAGGACGGGGCCUGUGUGGCCCCAGUGGG